AUGAUGGCAGCUUAUCGAGUGGUAUGUCUUCUUCUGUUAAUUCAUUGGAUCUACCAAGGAUCUUCUUCAUCACCCUCGUCUUCAUCUUUUUCGACAUCGUCAUCAGCUUCUGCAUCUACAUCUUCGUCAUCAUCUCUGUCUGCUUCUGCUUCGUCGUCAGUGUCAUUGUCUCCAUCGUUGUCGUCAUCAGCAUCAACAUCAACAUCAGCGUCAAUAUCAGCAUCAACAUCAACAUCAGCGUCAAUAUCAGCAUCAACAUCAACAUCAGCGUCAAUAUCAGCAUCAACAUCAACGUCAGCGGUAAUAUCAGCAUCAACAUUAGCAUCAAUAUCGACAUCAGCACCAGCAUCAAUAUCGACAUCAGCAGCAUCUACAUCAACAUCGGCAUCAGUUUCAGCAUCAGCAUCACCAUCCUCCUCUCCAUCAUCGUCAUCAGUUUUAUCAUCAUCAUCAUCAUUACCAUCUUCAGCUGCACCAAACUCAAUAUCAACAUCAUCACCAUCAACAACAACACUCUCCGCUUCCACGCCAUCGACAACGCUCUCCACAUCAACGACCCCAACCUCUACUUCAACCUCUCCAUCACCAACGACUCUUUCAACCUCCACUCUGUCAACAACGCUUUCCGCGUCCACGAUCACGCCGUCUACAACGUCUUCUACGUCCACGCCGUUAUCAGCAAUGCUUUCGACAUCCACGUCAUCAUCGCAUUCAUCCACAGAACCUAUGAUGGCGACAACAGCAUCAGCUAUGACGGGAGACACGACAUCAACCUCGGGAGUAGUCUCACUUACAACUUCAGUAUCACCAACGGAACUGACUGCGUCUUCCACUGCAAUGACAAAUUCAUCGAUAACAGCUGUACCUUCCAUCAAUCAUACAUCAGCUAUGCCCAUUGUAAAUGGUAAAUAUCGAUCUGAGUUUUAAGGGGCCCUCAGGAUAUUGCUGUUUUAGGUCAAAUCUGUGUUAUAGUCACAACUUGGUGCUUUAUCUAUAACCAAAAUGCUUUUUACAAUAACUGAGCGAAUCCUCGCCCGCUGAUUGGUCGAGAGCUACGGUCUGUGAGAGUAUAGACCAUGGAAAUGAUGUAACAUGUCACGCAGUCACGCAGUGCCGGUUGUUUCGUUUGUGGUUUUUCGUAAAAAAAAAAUGUUAUAGUAAUUAUGGACCGUAGAAUUUCCGCCCAAUUCUCCAAAUCCUGACCCUUUUUCAGACCAAAAAAUGUCAUUUUUCAGACCCGUUUUCAGGCCUGGCCUCUAAAAUCCAUACCCAUAGACCUAUUCGGCUAACUCAAUGUUGUACCCAAUUCAACCCUUUGGGAAUAAAACGUUUUGUUUCAGGAAUUUCCAUAUCAUUUAAAUGUGAAUGCCACCUUGUAAUGUAAAUACAAUACGCAAAGAAUCUUAACCCUGGGAGAUUUGAAUUGGGUACAACAUUGAGUUAGCCGAAUAGGUCUAUUCUUAGACCUGGCCAAGAAAUUAUGUCAUCACUACUUAGAUUAAAACAGGAACAAAAAAGAUUUCUUAAAAUCCAUUUCGAAUUCGCAUAUUUCUCUUUCUUUCUUACUCAUUUGGAGUUAAAAAAAUAAAUACGUUCGUGUACUCCCGUAGUUCCCUUGAAAAUCAUAUCCGAUUCCAGACCAAAUGAGCCAAGUCUGUACCCAUUUUCAGACCAAAACGGCGCAAAAACCCUACUCUUUGGGGCAGGACAUACCUGUAUGGCUUAUAUAGCGGGUAUACCCCCCCCCCGGGGGGGCGGGAGUGGAAGUUUUCCGUACAAAACUUUGUUCAGUAGUCCUCACACGACCUAAUGUAUCAUUUUAAUCCGUCAACAGUUACCCUCAGCACAGAUUCCAUAACUACGUUGGCAUCCGCAGAUUGCAGCCAGUCCUGCAGUGGGAUCGGUGGCACUGUAACUGUUACAUUGCAAUGCAAAAUAAAAGGAACCGGCAUCGAUAAAGAUUGCAAUGCAGCAAACUUCAACGCCACAAAAUGCGACUAUGUGGUGCUACGGGAUAAACAUUUUGUCUGUGACGAUGUCAAGAGAAACUACAGUCAGAUUGUCGGGGGGUUCGAUAAAGUGGUACAGAAUUGUGAGACUGUAUGCCCCCCUGAUUCAGCGGCCGGUGAGUAAUUGUAGCUUAACCGUUUCAUUCCUCUAAAAGGUGGCCAAACGAAAUAAUAUUCACCAAAAAAUCAUAUGUCGGUUAAAUAAACAAGAUCUCCUUUGCAACAAAAAGGGGGUUCAUAAUGGUGAGCCUGGAUGAUUUUUCGCAAAUUUUCCAUAGCGAUGUCACAGAAUUCAUUUGCACUACAGAUAAAAUUUAAGAAAACGCACUUUUUUUAUAUAGCUCACUAAUAUAUGAGUUGUUUAUUCUGCAGGAUUGUUUCGUCAUUUCUGGCUUGUUUUGUCGACUCUUUUUCUUAGUAUUAGGUAAGUUAUUUCUCCUGAAUUUGUCAGCAAAAAAUUUAUUCGGAAUGUGAGAAACGUUUGACUACCGCAAAUCUUCAGUUUACUCAAGUUUCGUGACGGUUGCAGAAAGUUUCUUGCGUUACAUGAGCUGGUGAGGCUGCUUUCUGCUACUUGUUACGUAGUUUUCUUUGCUUGGCAACCAAAUGCUCAUGCGCACAUGACUUAAUCAAUGUUACCAGAAAAGAACCAUCUCGUUCCCAGAGGCCGCGAUCCUUUUGGUCAGCGAAAAGAGUACAAAAUUGUAACAACAAGAAAGCAGACACUACCAUGCAAAUUCCGCGAAAUGGCCGGCACAUUACGCAUGCGCACAGUUAUAUCACCCGGGUAACGGGCAGUGGGUGUACACUGUAAUCUAACAACUCAUAAAAAGACCAGUUUAAAAAAUUAAAUAAGCAAAUCUUAAUUUUCUUUACUCGAUUAUUUCUAUAGCUUGCCCCUGAUGGUAUGAACCAGUGAAUCCAGUUGACAGUGUAAAGAAGAAAUGGAGAAGGAAGACAGAUUACAAGUUGAAGCUCCGUGUUCAACUUUUAACUGAUUAUGGAACUCGCUUCAAUUCAUUUUCUGUCUUAGUGUCAAACUGUUUAAUUGAUUUAUUUAGCGACUUACCUGAAAGAAAGUCCUCCAAGUCCCAAGUCCCCUGACAAGGCGGGAGAUGUCGUUCUGAAACCAACUUGAACACGUUGCAGAUGUAGCUAGAAAACUAGGUUUACAAGAACACUACACCCAUUAAAAAUGCUUCGUACUGUAC